UAACCGAAGAUGAGCGAUUUGGAAACGCUGCCAGCAGCAGGGAAAUAAGUGCGAUUUGGUUAUGCUUUAAAAGCGAAAAUUACUUGGAAAAAUUUACACAAAUCUGCACCAAAAUUGUCGGAAUCUUUAGAAAAAGCGUUGGGCUUGAAAUUACAGUAAUUUUAAAAGUGUGGAAAAGGAAUAGCUCGUCGGAAAAUUGGCGAAAAUAUUGGAGGCGCUUCAGAAAAACCAAAUUGCUCUAGUAUCGAAGCGAAUGUCAGAAAAAAAUAGAAAAUAACAAAUGUGAAUGUAGCGAAUGGGGUGAUUGUGCUGUGAUCAUAUAAAGAAAACGAUCCGUGGACUGAAUGCAAAGACUACACUUUACAAGACGGGAAUGGACAAGAGCUAGAUGGGAGGAUCGACAAACUGUCUGUUCGGUUAAAUCUUUUUAGAUUCACAUCAUCAAGUUGCGCACUGCCAUUAACACUAGAGAUCUUAGCGAUAGACAAUUUAAAAAUUAGUCCUGCAACAAACAAGCGGAUCCUGGUAUCAGUAUCAGUGUGAAUCUGCGUCCAUAAUAAAAUUAAGAGUAAAUAGUAAUAGAUACAUUAAAACCUAUACUGAAUCCCUGCAAUCCACAUUGGGUCAGAGCAGUGUCAUUUAAGAACAAAUAGCAACGAGUAAAAAUACAAAUUUAGUUUUGUAAUAGGCAUACAUAUAACGCACUAAACCAAGGCAGAUACUGCAACAAGACAAGAACCAAGUACAAUAUGUCAAAUAACUACCAACACCACAACAAUUACCGUGGAUCAGGUACAUCACAAAUGAAUGGACUACGGCCGCAUCACCUGCAGAACGGUGAUUGUGGAAACGAUGAUGGUGACUGCUAUCGCCGCGGUGGUGGCUCAAGUCGACACACAAAUGGCUACAGCGUAAAACCAUUAGGUAAUGUAGCGGUGCCGGACAUGUGUACAUUUUGUUUCGAGGUGCUAGACUGUGAGCUUAACAAUUUAGAGGGUCCUGGAACUCCCAAGUUUACAAAUGAUGCUUACCCAUUAUUUGUUACUUGGAAAACAGGACGCGACAAGCGAUUACGUGGUUGUAUUGGCACUUUUAGUGCUAUGCAUUUGCACAACGGGCUACGCGAAUAUGCACUAACGAGUGCUUUGAAAGACUCGCGUUUUGCCCCCAUCGCCAGGGAAGAGCUGCCCAAAUUGACUGUGUCUGUUUCGAUUUUGCAGAAUUUCGAGGAAGCACACGGGUAUCUCGAUUGGACAUUAGGCGUACAUGGCAUACGUAUUGAAUUUUUAAAUGAACGUGGGUGCAAAAGGACUGCCACUUAUUUGCCGCAAGUAGCAACUGAACAAGGUUGGGAUCAAACCCAAACUAUUGACUCUCUACUCAGGAAGGGGGGAUACCGUGCAGCAAUCACCCCAGAAACUCGAAAAUCAAUCAAAUUGACCGUUAUCGUUCGCAGGAAAUUCAAAUGA